ACAACUAAUGGGAAAAUGGUUGUGGCAAAUCUGUUGAAGGUGUUUCCAAAAGAUACAGAAGCUCCACCUGCAGGAGUAGAUGACAUGAUAAAGUUAUCAUAUUUGCAUGAACCUGGUGUCUUGCAAAACCUUGCCACACGCUAUGAGCUUAAUGAAAUAUAUACAUACACUGGUAAUAUCCUGAUUGCAGUAAACCCCUUCCAAAGGUUGCCACAUCUGGAAGAUAUGCAUAUGAUGGAACAAUAUAAAGGAGCAGCACUUGGCGAGCUAAGCCCACAUGUUUUUGCAAUUGCUGAUGUUGCAUUCAGGGCAAUGAUUAAUGAAGGAAGAAACAACUCCAUAUUGGUCAGUGGAGAAAGUGGAGCGGGUAAAACUGAAACGACAAAGUUGCUUAUGCAAUAUCUGGCAUACUUAGGUAGACGAUCUGGAAUUGAAGGACGGACCGUUGAACAACAAGUUCUAGAAUCUAAUCCAGUUCUUGAAGCUUUUGGGAAUGCCAAAACAGUACGAAACAACAACUCAAGUCGAUUUGGUAAAUUUGUUGAGAUUCAAUUUGAUGAAAAUGGGAGGAUCUCUGGAGCUGCUAUUAGAACCUACUUGCUUGAAAAAUCUCGUGUAUGCCAAAUCAAUGAUCCUGAGAGAAAUUACCAUUGCUUUUACCUUCUAUGUGCUGCUCCUCAUAAGGAUAUUGAGAAAUAUAAGUUGGAGAGUCCUAAGUCAUUCAAUUAUUUAAACCAAUCCAGUUGUUUUCAAUUGGAUGGUGUGGACGAUGCUGAAGAUUAUCUAGCAACUAGAAAGGCCAUGGAUAUAAUUGGCAUAAGUGUGGAGGAACAGGAGGCAAUCUUCAGGGUUGUGGCUGCCAUCCUUCAUCUCGGGAACGUUGAUUUUGCAAAGGGAGCAGAAAUAGAUUCAGCAGUUAUUAAGAAUGAUAAAUCGAACUUUCACCUAAGCAUGGCAGCUGAACUUCUCAUGUGUGAUGCUCAUCUUCUUGAGAAUGCACUAAUUAAGCAUGUCAUGGUAACCCCCGAAGAAGUUAUUACACGAAGUCUUGACCCUGGUUCUGCAAUUGUUAGCAGAGAUGGUUUAGCAAAAAUAAUCUAUUCCCGUUUAUUUAAUUGGUUGGUCGAUAAAAUUAAUGCAUCAAUCGGUCAGGACAGGAGUUCAAAGCAUUUCAUUGGUAUUCUUGAUAUUUAUGGUUUCGAAAGUUUCACAUCUAAUAGUUUCGAACAAUUCUGCAUCAAUUAUACCAAUGAAAAAUUGCAGCAACAUUUUAAUCAGCAUGUCUUCAGAAUGGAGCAAGAGGAGUAUACCAAGGAGGGAAUUGAUUGGAGCUACAUAGAGUUUGUUGAUAACCAAGAUGUGCUUGACUUAAUUGAGAAGAAACCUGGUGGCAUCAUUGCUCUCCUAGAUGAAGCUUGUAUGUUCCCGAAGUCAACACAUAGAACAUUUGCUCAGAAGUUGUAUCAGACUUUUAGAAAUAACAAGAGGUUUGCUAAACCUAAGCUUUCUAGCAGUGACUUUACCAUUUACCAUUAUGCAGGCGAGGUAAUAUAUCAAGCCAAUUAUUUCUUGGACAAAAACAAAGACUAUGUAGUGGCAGAGCAUCUGGAUUUACUCCAUGCUUCUAAAUGUCCCUUUGUUGCCAAUUUAUUUUCAUCACUUCCUGAAGUCACAUCAAAGGCAUCCAAAUUCUCUUCGAUUGCGUCUCGCUUUAAACUACAACUUCAAGCUCUGAUGGAUACCUUGAGUUGCACACAACCUCAUUACAUUAGAUGCAUAAAGCCAAACAAUGUCCUCAAACCGUCUAUCUUUGAGAACAUCAAUGUCACCAGCCAACUACGUUGUGGUGGUGUUCUUGAAGCAAUAAAGAUAAGUUGUGCUGGAUAUCCAACUCGUAGAACAUUUUAUGAAUUUCUCCUUCGGUUUGCUCUUCUUGAGCCAAAUGCUUUAGAAGGACAAUAUGAUGAGAAGAUUGCGUGUAGAAAGAUUCUAGAUAAAAUUGGAGCAAAAGAUUACCAACUAGGCAAGACUAAGGUAUUUCUAAGAGCUGGUCUGAUGGCUCAAUUGGAUGCUCGAAGAGCAGCAAUACUAGGAGGAGCUGCCACAACUAUUCAGAGGAAAAUUCGUACAUACAUCACCCGUAGAGCAUUCAUUGUACUAAGACAUAGAUCUAUUUUCCUGCAAUCACUCUGGAGAGGAAGGUUGGCAGCUAAGUUGUUUGAGCAUAUGAGAAGAGUGGCAGCAGCAGUAAAAAUUCAGAAACAAUUACACUGUUACUUUGCAAGAAAAUCCUAUGGCAGACUACAAUCUUCAGCGGUUGCAUUGCAGGCAUGCAUAAGAGCAAUGAUUGCUCGUAAUGCAUUUACAUUCCGCAAAAUCACUAAAGCUGCAAUUUGUAUACAGGCUCAGUGGCGUUGUUACAGUGGGCACUCAUAUUACAUGAAUUUGCAGAAGGCAGCACUUACUUUUCAAUGUGCUUGGCGGAAAAGGCUUGCCAGGAGAGUGAUCAGAACUUUGAAAACGGCUGCAAGAGAAACAGGGGCUUUGAAAGAGGCAAAGAACAAACUUGAGAAGCAAGUGGAGGAGUUAAGUUGGCGUUUGCAGUUGGAGAAACGAGUGAGGGUUGAACUUGAAGAGAAAAAAGAUACAGAAAUUGUUACACUUAAGGAUAUGCUAAAUAUGAUGCAACUACAAGUAGAAGAAGCAAAGUUGAUGGUCAUCAAGGAACGCAAGGUUGCACAAAAAGCUAUGGAAGAAGCAUCUCCAGUUAUCAAGGAAACACGUGUCUUUGUUGAUGACAGACGAAAUUUUGAUUCAUUGACAUCUGAAAUUGAGCUUUUGAAGGUUUCCUUGGUAGCAAAAAAGCAGUUAACUGAUGCAGCCAAUAAAGAAAAGAGUGAAAUACAAGCAAGAUAUAACCAACUUGUUAAGAAAGUUCAGGAUUUUGAGAUGAAAGUUGAUCAACUUCAAGAAACUAUUCGGAGACUUGAAGAGAAAGUAUCAAAUGUGGAAUCAGAGAACCAAGUUCUUCGUCAACAAGCAGUUGCAAUUUCACCAACUAGUCGAUUAGUAACCACAAAUUCAGAAGCAACCAUUGUCCUGGUAUGUAUCCUUAUCAGAAUAGGUAUGGGAAUGCAUCUCCCAGUUUGUCAACCCCAGGACCCUGAAACAGAGGAUUUACAACAGAAGUCACUGAAUGAGAAACAGCAAGGAUACCAGGACUUGUUUAUUGAAUGUAUUUGUCAAGAUUUAGGAUUCUCUAAAGAUCGACCUGUAGCUGCUUGUAUCACACACAAAUGUCUCCUUCACUGGAGAUCUUUUGAAGUUGAAACAACAAAUAUUUUUGACCGUAUUAUCCAAGCAAUUGGCUGGGUUAUUGAGACUCAGGAUAACGCUGAUGUAUUGUCCUAUUGGUUAUCCAACACGUCUACAUUACUGCUGUUCUUCCGACAAACAAUGAAAGCAAAUGGGACAGAUGGUUACACCCCAAUGACUCCACAAAGACGAAGAACUUCAGCCUCUUUGUUUGGGAGAGUGUCUCAAGGGAUUGGGAAUUCACCCAGGAGUGCUGUGAUUCCUUUUUUCAAUGACCGUGUGGUCGGUUCAUCAAGUGACUUCCAAAUAGUUGAAGUUAAAUAUCCAGCUUUGCUUUUCAAGCAACAACUUAUUGCAUUUGUUGAGAAAAUUUAUGGAAUGAUAAGAGACAAUUUAAAAAAAGAGAUAGGGCCAAUUCUUCGUUUGUGUAUCCAGGCUCCAAGAACAUCCCGUGCAAGCUUAGUCAAAGUUACUCGUUCUCAAGCAAAUGCCAUGGCCCUGAAAGUUUUGAUUUCACACUGGCAGGGCAUCGUUAAAAGCUUAACUAAUUGCCUGCAAACGCUGAAAGAGAAUUAUGUCCCUCCCUUCCUUGUCCGUAAGGUCUUCAUGCAGAUAUUUUCAUUUAUUAAUGUCCAACUAUUUAAUAGCCUUCUUCUGCGGCGUGAAUGCUGUUCCUUUAGCAAUGGGGAAUAUGUUAAAGCUGGAUUGGCUGAACUAGAACAAUGGUGCUAUGAGGCAACUGAAAAGUAUGCAGGCUCAGCCUGGGAUGAGUUGAAGCAUGUCAGGCAAACUGUUGGAUUCCUGAUUUCACAUCAGAAGCCAAAAAAGACACUGGAGGAGUUAACUCAAGACCUAUGUCCAGCUCUCAGCGUACAGCAACUACAUAGAAUCAGCACGAUGUAUUGGGAUGACAAAUAUGGCACUCACAGUGUUUCUUCAGAGGCUAUUGUAAGUAUGAGAUCUAUCAUGAAUGAGGAUUCAAAAAGUUUCAGCAAUACCUUCUUGUUGGAUGAUGACUCUAGGAUCCCCUUCACGGUUGACGAACUGUGUAAGUCAAUGACAGGGAUAGAGAUAACUGAUGUCGAUCCUCCAUCAUUGAUCCGACAGAGCUCAGGUUUUGCUUUCUUGACACAGAGGAAGGAGUAAAUUCCCUCCCUACAAUUGUCCAUCGAAGUGUGCCAAUUCAUAUCAUUCACUUCUUAUAAGAUC